UUUACCGCAAAGAAAUUCACUUCUCAUACAACAACCCUAUACAAUAAAGAAGAUGAAUUCGACAUGGACUCCUACAAAACCACGACGCCACCAGCUACAACACGACCCACCACAACUCCAUGGUACUGGAAACUUACAUCGACCUCUCAUAAAACAAGCACUGACAAGAAAGAGGAUGGAUUCGACUUGGACUACUAUAAAAAUCCAGCACUGCCAACCUUAUCUACUUCUACAAGCUCAACAACUUCGCUUGUUUGGAAACUUACCUCGACAAUGCGCGGAAUGGACUCACAAAAUAAAGAAGAUUCCGGAUACAACAACGAGGGAAUAGACUCCGACCACCUCAACCUUAAAAUAUCUUCAACAAAAUCGACAACGGCUAGCAAUAUAGCGACUCCAAGUGGAAACUGGUGGGAAUGGUGGCGAAGCACUCGUACUCCAAGAUAUAUCGCUCGUACUACAGAAGGAAGAAUUUACCCAACGUCUUCACCGAAGAUAAAGCAUAUAUCCCCUCAUGGAAGAAAAGUCACAGUGUCGUCGACAACUGCAACAACUGGUCAAGCAACUCGUUUAUCAACGACCAGCUUUAUUCUGAUAAUUCCUCUUUUACAAUUUUUUUGCCUUUUUUAUUUAUAAACUUAUGCUAGAGUUCGUUUUAAUUGCUAAUAAGCUAGAAGUGCAAAAAUGCGAGAAAUUUAAGAAACUGAUCCGCUG